CUUCAAAUUAAACAGCACGACUCGACAUAGAAUUAGUAUUUCAUACUUGCACAUGGCUUGAAAUCGGUCGAUUAGUUCAUUUUUAAAUUUUAUUUUACCACAAAAAAUGAAGUUUUCAGUAAUUCCAAAUUUAUUAUUUUUGUGGUUAUUAAACUGCAAAUUUACCAAAUGUUCGAAACGACCAAUAAUUGGUAUACUGGUUCAAGAAUUUACACCACAUGAUGAAUUUAUAGACGAUAAAAAUGAAACUGCUGGAUUCGUAUCGGCGAGUUAUGUCAAAGCGGUCGAGUGCUCUGGAGCAAAAGUGGUGCCAAUAUUCAUCAGACAAAACCAUUCUUACUACGAACGGAUCAUGAAUUCCAUCAAUGGAAUAGUACUUCCAGGAGGAAAUGCAAGUGUAACUCCUGGAUUUCCUUACUACGACGCAUCCGCUACAAUUUUUAAAAUUGCCCAACAAAUGAACGAUAAAGGAAUAAGUUUCCCAAUAUUUGGCGUCUGUUUAGGAUUUCAAGCAAUGCUCAACAUUCACAACAACAAUACAGAUUUACUAAUGCAAUGCGACUCGAUUCAUGAAACUAAUAAUCUUGAAUUCGUACCAGACCACACCACAACCCACUUAUUCUCUCGAUUUGACAGAGAAGCGCUCCUCAAUUUGGAAUUGCUUUCGAUUACAUUGAACAAUCACGUGUUUUGUAUUUUUCCACACAACUUCACUACAUCAAAUUUAGCCAAAGAAUGGAGAAUGACAUCACUCAGUACAACUGGCAAAGGUUUAAAAUUCAUUGCCAGCGCAGAACAUGUAAAAUAUCCGUUUAUUGGAGUUCAAUUUCACCCAGAAAUAGCGCCAUUUAAUGAAGAAUUUGAAAUACUUCACGAUCGAGAAGCAGUACGAGUUAAUCGUUAUUUUUACGACGCAUUAGUUGAGAUGUCGACGAACAACGAUAAUAAGUUUCAAAAUGAAGAAGAAGAGAGGAAACACUUGAUUUAUAAUUAUAAUCCUAUUUAUCGUCGCGCGAAACCUGAUCAGUAUUAUGCUCAAAAAUAUAUUUUUUAUAAUUAAGAAUACAAGAUAUCU